AUAUUUCUCUCUGCUCAUUAAACCCUAAACCCCCAAAAUCCCACACUGUCCAUUGAAGUCGGAUCACCUCAAAUGGCGUUCAUCUCCACCUUCCGACGCGUCCUCGGCGGAUCUUCCUCCGCUCUCCACUCCCAAUUCGCCGCCAUUCGUCACAAUUCAACUCUCACAUCCCCCAGGCUAUUCAUCAGCGGUCUUUCGAGAUUAACAACAGACGAAAAGCUCAGAGAGGCAUUUUCCCCAUUUGGGCAGAUUGUAGAUGCUAAGGUGGUCAUGGAUAGGGUGUCUCAAAGAUCAAAGGGGUUCGGUUUCAUCACAUACGCAUCAGUUGAAGAAGCUGAGAAAGCUAGAGAAGGAAUGAAUGCCAAGUUCUUGGAUGGGUGGGUUAUUUUCGUCGACCCUGCCAAGCCUAGGGAGCCUAGAUAUGCUCCUCCACCGCAAGCACAGCAAGACCCUUCGGAAACCGGCUUCAGAUCAAACAAGACGAUUGGGUGGUGUGGAUGAUGACUGCAUGAGUUGCUUCGGUUUAAUCUCAUUGUGAUGAAAAGGAGGGCAGUUUCAACACUAAUCCCACUCUGGUUAUAUGUAUUGAGAAAUAUGAAACACUUGAAUUAUUUAAAUACGGUUAUCCAUGCUUUGAAUUUCCUUCUUUUAA